AUGCCGGGAUUUGGAACAACAAAGUUUCCAAUGAAGGAUUACGUGAGUAAAAUGGAAUUUACUACAUACGAAUUUUUCAUAAUAAUCUCAAAUGAUCGAUUCACCGAAAACGAUGCAAAGGCCGCCAAGGAGAUUGCAAGCAUGAAGAAGAAGUUCUACUUCGUACGAAGUCAAAUUGACAUUGACUUUCCAGUUUUUACAAAUCAGGGUAUAGAUGUUGACAGAAUGAGGGAACUUGAUAAGCUGAAACAAGAAAUAGGAAGCGGUUUGAUGGAAGCGGGGAUUUCAGAACCCAUUAUUUUCCUGAUAUCAAGCCUUUACCUAAAUGAGUUUGAUUUUUCUCGGUUAAAGAAAACGCUUUUAAAAAGUCUCGAUGGAAUAAAAAAAGAUGUUUUAUUGAUGUCGCUUCCAAGCACAACGGUGAAGAUUGUGGAGCCGAAACGAGCCCAGUUGAAGAAACGUGUCUGGAUGUGGGCAAUAUUCUCAGGAGCAGUGGGAGCGGUGCCUGUUCCCGGAUUGUCUGUCGCCGUUGACCUCGGGAUACUAGUCGCUGCAAUAAUAGAUUUCCGCAAAAGUCUCGGCCUAGAUGAUGCCUCCCUUCAGAGACUGGCCAAUGUCUCAAUGAAACCUGUGGAAUUUCUGAAAGCAGAAGUGAGAACCCCACUGGUGGGUGAAAUAAACGAGGAGUUUGUGAAACAAAUGUUGUUGCGUUCCAGUAUUGUUGCUGUUUCAGCGGUGGAAAUGGCCCUUAACUUUAUACCAAUAAUUGGCUCCGUCUUCGGGGCAGUAUCGUCAUUUGGAAUGACCUACAAGCUGCUGACCGACGCACUGGAUGAACUUGUGGACAAUGCCCAGAGAUUGGUGAAAGUUGCAUUUGCCACUGAUCCUGGUCAUCCACAAUAA